UCGUCACGCUCCCUUAUCAACACCUUACCUUCUUCUUCUAUGGAUCCUCCUCCGACUUGAAACAUAUCAAUCUUCCAAAAAUGCCAUCUCGCCUCUCUCCGCCAGAUACUCCCCCGACCAACAAUCACCACCACAGUCUCCAUACCCCCCUUCCUUUAAUCCUAACCGGUUCUCUCGCCUUAACCGGAGCUCUACUCAUCAUCAUAACCAUACUUCUUUACCGGAAACUCUCCCGUAACCGAACCGCUCCCUCAGAUCUCGCCCCGGCGACCUCUCCCCAGCACUACCAAUGCCGCCGCUUCUCCUACUCCCAGCUCCGCCGCGCGACGAACUCCUUCUCCGACUCAUCCCAGCUCGGCCACGGCGGGUUCGGCACCGUCUACAGAGCCGAUCUCCCUAGCGGGACCUCCCUCGCCGUCAAAGUCAUGGACUCCUCCGCCGGGUCUCUCCAAGGCGAGCGCGAGUUUCACAACGAGCUCUCUCUCUCCUCUCACUUAAUUAGUUCCCCGCACGUCGUCUCUCUCCUCGGAUUCUCCUCCGACCGCCGUAACCGGAGGCUCGUCCUCGUCUACGAGCUCAUGGAGAAUCGGAGCUUGCAGGACGCGCUUCUCGGUCUCAGGUGCGAGGAGCUUAUGGAUUGGAGGAAAAGGUUUGAGAUUGCGACGGAUGUUGCCAAAGGGAUGGAGUUUCUUCACCAUUGCUGUGAUCCUCCGAUCAUCCACGGAGAUGUGAAGCCGAGUAGUCUUUUGGAUGCUGGUUUCAGGGCAAAGAUCGGAGAUUUCGGUCUCGCGAGGGUAAAGUCUGAGGCUUUGGUGGUUAGUAGUGGUGGUGGGAACGACGAGACUAGGGUUCUGAUUGAGGAAGAUGAUGAUGAUGAGAAGAGGAAGGAUGUUGCUGUUGUUGUUGUUGAAGAAGAAGAUAACGGGUCGAUUCUCGAGGAGAGUGAGAGCGUGAUCACUCUGUUCGAAGAGGGUAAUAACGCCGUGAGUUUCUCGCCGGAGAAUGGUUGUGGAAGUAGCGUUUUCACGGCGUCUCCGGGACCGGGGUUGAUACAGUCGCCGGAGAAUUGUGCCGUCAGCGUCUUGACGACGGCGUCUCCAGGACCGGCAUUGAUACCCUCGCCGGAGAAUUGUGCUGUUAGCGUCUUGACAGCGGCGUCUCCGGGAGGAGCAGCAUCGGUGGUACUAUCUCCGGAGAAAGGGAGUGUGACUGAGAGCUGUUUGGAGCAAAUGAGUGUGGAGAGUAAGCAGCAGAAAGCGGGUUCGAAGAGGGAUUGGUGGUGGAAACAGGACAGCAACGGUGGUGGAAGCAGAGGAGGGAUAGAGACAGGGAGUGUGAAAGACUACGUGAUGGAGUGGAUUGGGAGUGAGAUUAAGAAAGAGAGUAGCAACAACAACAAGGGAUGGAUCAAAAAUGGUGAUGGGUCAUCACCAUCAUCAUCAUCAGUCUCUAAGAAGAAGAAGAAGAAGAAGAGAAAGCCUAGAGAGUGGUGGAAGGAAGAGUUUUGCGAAGAGCUGACUAGAAAGAAGAGGAAGAAGAAGAAAAAAAAGAGAGGGUUAAGCUCGAUCUCAAGCAUUGACUCUUGGUUUCACAGAGACAGUGAUCAUCAUCAUAACCCUACCAAGAGGAAAAAGAGGAAUAGUAUAGAUUGGUGGGUAGAUGGGUUAAGCGGAGAUCUAAAAUCAGUUAAAAAACAGAGUCAAGAUUCUGGUUUGUGGUGUGAUGUGAAUGUUCAGAAGAGCGGAGGAGUAAGCAGCACACCGAGUAUGAGAGGUACGGUGUGCUACAUUGCGCCGGAAUGCGGUGGUGGUGGAGGAGGAGGUGCUUUGUCUGAGAAAUGUGAUGUUUAUAGUUUUGGGGUUCCUUUGGUUCUUGUCUCGGGGAGACGGCCGUUGCAGGUGUCCGCAUCGCCUAUGUCGGAGUUUGAGAGGGCUAAUCUGAUAUCAUGGGCUAAGCAGUUGGCUUGUCACGGUAACUUGUUGGAGUUGGUUGAUAAAUCUAUACAUUCUUUGGAGAAAGAGCAAGCGGUUCUUUGUGUUACCAUUGCGUUGCUCUGUCUGCAGAGAUCUCCGGUUAAGAGACCGACGAUGAAGGAGAUUGUUGAGAUGCUUACCGGUGCGUCUGAGCCACCGCAUUUGCCGUUUGAGUUCUCACCGUCGCCGCCUAUGGGGUUUCCAUUUAAGUCAAGGAAGAAAGCACGGUGAAAGAUGAUGUGGUUUAGGUUUAAUUGCAAGUUGUAGAAACUGGUUUAAUUCCAUAACAUUAGAUUCUUGCAAAUAGUUAUGAAGAUUAGAAUGUCAUUGCAGACUCUUUCAACUCCUAAUGCAGAAUCUAAUAUUUAGACCA